AUGACACAAAGCAAGCACAAACCCCUCCGGCAGCUCGCUGCCGAAAAGGUCCGCGGCGAGGGCGCAAACCCGUCCCAGCUGGGCGACCCCAGCGAUCUCAAGGCCGAAACCAGCGACGGGCCUGAUCCGGACCAGAAUACUAGGCAGGGCGAGCCCACAUCAGCUUCGUCAGGAAAAACAUCAUCGUCAUCGCUGGGUGCGGGCCGGCAGAAGAACCUACCCGACACUGGCGAUCCGGAUAGGGGUAACCCUUUUGUUUCUGGUGGAGGGGUCAAGGUUGGAGAAAGGAUUAGGUGA